GUGUAUAAUUAUGAGUUAAUAAAUUAUUUUAUGUGUAGGACUGCAGAAAGAUUAUGAGUUAAUAAAUUAUUUUAUGUGUAGGACUGCAGGGAGAUUAUGAGUUAAUAAAUUAUUUUAUGUGUAGGAUAUCAGGGAGAUUAUGAGUUGAUAAAUUAUUUUAUGUGUAGGACUGCAGGAAUAUUAUGAGUUAAUGAAAUAUUUUAUGUGUAGGACUGCAGGGAGAUUAUGAGUUAAUGAAUUAUUUCAUGUGUAGGACUGCAGGGAGAUUAUGAGUUAAUGUAUUAUUUUAUGUGUAGGACUGCAGGGAGCCAUUGGACGACUUUCUAUUGCCUGAAGUCAGCGAGUAUGUCCAGGAUAUCUACGCCAUAGGAACUCAGGAAAAUGCAAUGAACAAGAAAGAAUGGGAGAUAUUGUUACAAGAGACUAUAGGACCGUCACAUGUGUUGUUUCAUUCAGCGGCUCAUGGGGCGUUACAUCUAGCCGUGUUUGUUAAGAGAGAUCUGAUCUGGUUUUGUACAAUGCCAGAGGAUGACCUUGUACAGACGAGGGCGGUAACCAUGGUAAAAACAAAAGGUGCUAUAGCAAUCAGCUUUCAGUUCUUCGGAACUUCAUUCAUCUUCAUCAAUUGUCAUUUUGCACCUGGUGAUGGUAAGAAGAGAGAGAGGCUAGAUGAUUUUACAAAAAUUACCAAGAAUUUAAACUUACCUAAACAGGGCAAUACAGGCUCGCCCAACGGCAGCUCAGCAGAUGUUACAACCCGAUUUGACAGUGUGUUCUGGAUGGGAGAUCUAAACUUCCGUAUCGAGGCUUACAAAGGCAAGCAAGCUAUCGAGGACAUUGUCAAAUACAUUGAACAGCAAGAGCAUACAAAUUAUGAAGACCUUCUAGCCGGGGACCAACUGUCUAAACUUAUUGUAGAAGGAAGCAUAUUUCAAGGUUUUCAGGAAGGCAGGAUUAACUUCCGACCUACAUAUAAAUAUGAUAUAGGGCAUGAUACAUUCGAUACAUCAUCUAAAAAUAGAAUUCCAUCAUAUACCGAUCGUGUUUUGUUUCAAGCAAAGAAGAAGAAUUCUAUUGUAUGUACACAUUAUGACUCACCAUCCAAUGUUAGAUUAUCCGACCACCAUCCAGUAUAUGCGAUAUUUGAAGUAGCAAUACAACCAGCUAGAGAUUGUUCCUUGCCUCUAGCUGCAGGCCAGUUUGACAGAGCUGUUUAUACAGAAGGUAAUAUUCACGUUCAUGACAUUUGCUUUAUACUUAGAAAACACAUGCUCUCCAACCGGAAAACGUUAAAGGUUUGGAAAUUUAUUGAAAAGCAUUCCGAAAGGAAAAAAUCCAAAAUAAGUUUGCUCCCAAUGAAAAUGUGA